AUGACUCUUCCAUUACCUUCGUACAACGACGACCCCAAAUCGUUUGCCUACCCCACAGUGCACAAAAGAUGGCCCACCAUCAUCGAAGGGGCCAUUGACGACUUGAACUUGACAAUUAAACAAGAUCCAAAUCUUGCAAAAUCAGGUAGCGUCAUUAUUGAAAAAUUAUCAAAAUUAUUGAAAGAUUUCAAAAACGACUUGGAAAUUGAACCAUUUACUCAAGACGAUAUCAAAUUGAAUCCUUCGUUGACCCAUUACAACGAUCACUUUAGCCAAUUGAAUCCAAUUAAGAAAAUUACCUGGUUAACUGGACCUUGGCUAUACUUAGAAUGCUAUCUUUAUCAAUUAAUCCAUUUAUUUUUCUUACAGAGUGACGAACCUUUUUGGUCCACUUUUGAUAUUUUCAAUAGAUUGAAAACUAAAACUUUCCAACAAUCUGAAUCAGGAGUAUUGGAAUUAUGUAAACGUUAUCAAGUCUUACAUGAUCAAUUGACCAAUGAAUCCAAUAAGAUUGAUGAGUCUUUAUUGAAAAUUCUCUUCACGGAAUUCAUCGAUAUCUCGCUUUGGGGAAACGCUACCGAUUUAUCGUUACUUGCCGGUAACGUUACUUUAGAAGAUAUUAAAUCAGUACAAGGUGCUGAAGUCCGUAAGAAGAAUGAAGAAAAAAUUAUCGUUAAUGAUUUACCCCAAGCUUGGUCUGAAUUUAUCAGCUCAAAGGGAAAUCGUAAUGUCGAUAUCGUUUUAGAUAAUUCGGGUUUCGAAUUAUUUGCUGAUUUAAUCUUGACCUUAUUUCUUUUGGAUUCAAAAUUAUCGAAUCAAAUCACUAUUCAUUGCAAAGAAAUUCCUUGGUUUGUUAGUGAUACCAUGCCCAAAGAUUUUGAUGCAUUAUUAAACCAAUUGAUCGAUCCUUCUUUUUAUCCAAACAUUCAUAAUUCAAAUGAAGAUUCAAAAUUAAUCAUUAAUCUUCAUAAUCAAUUAAAACAUUACUUUGAUACCGGUAAAUUAAAAGUUUCUCAUCAUUCUUUUUGGACCUUGUCUUAUAAUUAUUGGGAAAUCCCUCAAUUCUCCGAUUUGUACAACCAAUUGAGUUCAAGCUCUUUAAUCAUUUUCAAAGGUGACUUAAAUUAUCGUAAAUUAACUGGUGAUUUACAAUGGGAUAAAACAACUCCUUUCUUAACCGCAAUUCAACAAUUGGCUUCUUCUAAACUUCCAAUCUUGACUCUUAGAACUUGCAAAGCUGAUGUCACCGUUGGAUUACCAAAAGGUUUAAAUGAAAAAUUAAUCGAAACUUAUAAAAAUGACGGUAAUGAAGUUGGUGAAUUCUGGACUUCUUCCGGUAAAUGGGCAGUCAUUAGUUUCUCCAAUGGUAAUAAUUAA